ACACAAUACAUUCCUCUUUUCCAGCGCCAGAGCUCUACCGAGGACCGGACGUGCAGGCAGCAGAGGGAGGGGCACGGUAAAAAGAAGAAUCACUAAAUCUAUUCGGAUGGAUUUCAACAUGUUAUGGCGGACAUAGGUAGCUAUGUUGUUAUGUUCAUGUGACUGCCUGGUGGGAAGCAGCGAGGUACACGCGCACAAACACACGGGCUGAACGGGAUGCCCGCGUGACUGCAGGGAGGAAAGAGGCGGCGGAGGAGGUGGAGGAUGAAGGGGCGGUCUAGGUGCGUGUGUGGACCACCGCAAAACCCCCGAGGUGGAGUUGUCAAAGAUCGAAACCUGUGAGGAAACAUUUAUUCCAGCCUGGCUGCUAUUUUUGGUGCAGUUUGAAAAUCGAUGGAGGGAUAUGGACCUAACAUAAGGUCUCGGGAGGAGGCGCACAUCGGAUGUCGCUCCUCCUGACUGGACACACGGAGUGACCGGCUGGUGUCGUCUCUGCUACGAGGAGGGAUUAGCUGCUUUCUUUGGGAUGCUUUAAAAAUUUGCGGCCUGCUCUGUUCUCCAGUUACCGCAAUGCCUCUGGCGAGAGGAAGAAGAGGUGGGAGGCAGAAGAUGGAGAGGAGGGAGCAGCAAAAUGAGUAUAAUAGUGAUGUAUAGAUGGCAAACUCCAUUGGUAUGAUUGUGUUUUAUCAGAGAAUGACUGAGCAGCAGAAUGGUAUAGACUGUACUCUGUAGGCUGUAGUGGCCUUUGAACUGUAUGGGGUGAAAGAGACACUGUAUUCACUGAAGCAAUCUUAGUAUCACAGCUGAAACAUCAAAUGAGGUGAGUACGGUGGCUGUGAGUGUGUUGUGGCUGCUCAAUUCUCAACUUUCUGCUGACAAAGUUCUUGGACUCACUGACUGGACUAUAGUGCACACCAUGGGGCAUUGCGCAGAGCCUAUGGCACCUGCCAGUGGAGCGCUUGGUGCAUAAUUGUGACAGAGUGGAGCUCUGAAGCCAGCAUUUAUGCCUCUCCUGUACUUCUACCUACACAACUGAACUUUUAUGAACCCAGAGUAAGUGUGAAACCUCUCCCAGCCUCCUCCACACACGGAUAAGCUUAACAUGCCUUCUCCGUCAGACUCUAGCAGCGUGGCUUCGGGGUCUCGAGGCUGGUCAGACAGCCGCAGGGGCAUGUCAGGCCGUGGGCCUGGUGGGGCACGGCUACUCCUGUACCUGGGGCUGUGCCACCUGGGCCUAGGGGCCAUGGUCCUGGCUUUCUCUUUCACCAGCAUGGCCUUCACCUCCUCAGCCCGUGUGAGGCAGUCCUGUCCAUUCUGGGCUGGCUUCUUUGUGGUGGCAUCAGGCGUAGUUGGAAUAAUCUCAUGGAGGAGACCUCUGACACUGGUGGUGUCACUGUUCAUGCUGCUGUCUGCAGUGUGUGUGAUCCUUAGUUUGGCAGGCUCGAUGCUCUCCUGUCAGAACGCACAGAUGGUCAAGUCUAUGCUCACCUGCCAGGUGGAGAAUGGUCUUUGUGUAUGUUGCGCGCCCCCACACUCCUGCUCCAUCACAGAGGAGGAGACCCUGGUCCUCUACUUGAAUGCUGACUGUCACUCAGUCAGACAUCAGCUGAAGGACCUUUUGUUCAGUGCGUGUGGUCUCAGCAUUCUCUCAACCAUCAUCUGUACUCUGUCCACUGUGACCUGCAGUAUCCACAUAUUCUCUCUGGACCUUGUGCACCUGCUGGCCCCACAUCGCUCUCGUUCAGUCAACCCAGAAUGCACCACGCCUCAAGACGCCUUCCUGACCAACAUCAUGGACUUUGAGGAGUUCGUCCCGCCCAUACCUCCGCCCCCCUACUAUCCUCCUGAGUACACCUGCAGCUCUGAAACAGACGCUCAGAGCAUCACCUAUAAUGGCUCCAUGGAGAGCCCUGUUCCUCUAUACCCCACUGACUGCCCCCCACCUUAUGAAGCUGUGAUGGGACAAAGAGCUGCAAGCCAGGCAACAGUGUAUGACCCCCACUGCACUGAGCUGUCUGGAGAGAGAGGAACUUCUACUGCCUUCAGUGGAGAAGUGUCCAUGGACAGCGGAUCCCUGUUGAUGUCAGAGAUCGUGGACAUCCCUGACGAUUCCUCCCCCUCUGAGGACUCCUGUCUGUUGGAGGUUGGGCUGAGGAACCAGGGGGAGAGGGGCAGCAGGGCUGCUGGUGAGGUGGGAGACGGAGGAGACGGUGGGGAGUACAUCAGCUUUCGUGGUCCCCCGUCUCAGACACCAGAGAGUCCUCUGGCAGGAGGGCCGCGAGCCAGGCGCUUCCUCAGAGGAGAGAGGUCCAACUCCUGCUCUUCACCCACCACAGCGACCACCACAUACAGGUCUCCAGUAUUGCGUCACCAGGCCAUGUUAGCUAGUAGCUGUUCCCAGCUAGAAGCAAUAGGGUGUUCCACCUCUCAACAGCGAUCCUGCAUCACGGAGAUUCAAGGUCGCCCCUUCAAUCCUUCACGACAAGGAGCUGCCCUAACCUUCUCUGCACCUCCCGCUUCACCCUCCUCAGCUGCCGGUGAGCAGAGUGGUGGUCACGGUAAUGGGCCAGCUCUCCCGGGCCAAACGUUGUACCUUCGACGAAAGACUGUGAGAAGUGAAAAGGAUGGAGAAGAUGCAAGAAGGGAUCGUGAAGGGCUCCUAUGUCUUGUUAGGUCACACAGUGAGCCAGGCCUCGGCUCCUCGACUGACACAGUCGACUUUGGCUCUGUAGGCAGCAAAGCAUCUACGGACACAGGUCCCUCUUCUCAGGCAUGUCUGUUGCCCCGCACAUCUUUACCUCCAGCUGCCGUUCUGCCAACGAAAGGCAGCAUGAAAUCAGCAGCCACAGGGGUGCAGGUCCCCUCAAAACCUCCCCCCACCUCACCACUGCAUUUACCUAAAGACUGCCACCGUUCCUUGGGCGACCUUAAGGUGACUCGGGGUCUGGUGGCACGUUUCCUGCAGCGCUCCAAACGCAACACAUCGCCCUCCACCGAGCAUGCUGGGGGCACAGGGCAGGGUCCUAAGAGGAGGAGUGGAGCUGAGAGCGCUGCCACCAACUACCUGCCCUUUGAACAAGUGUUGCUGACCCCGUGGAACAACAACCGAGGACACCCCAACCAUCACUCCCAUCACCCUCAUCGCCGUGGACACCACCAUUCCCACAGUGACAGUCGACACAACCGGCACCACAGCAGUCGGGUGCCAGAGGGGAUCCACCUGCGCAGCUGUGGAGAUUUAAGCUCCUCCUCUGCGUCACUACGUCGAUUAGUGACACCUCAUGCGCUGCACGGGUCAUCAGGAGCUCUCUACUCUGAGUCUGCACUGUAAGGAGGAGAGGAGGGUUGGAUGGAGGAAAAUAGGAGGCAUACAAUUUGACAGGGUUGUAAGGAAGACAGGGAAGGGAAGGAAAAAAGGAGGUUGAAGAAAAGGGUGUUUAGGACAGUUUAGUGGAGUGGAGAUAUCUAGUACUGAAAUUGUGAAAGUCUGUGCAAAUGGCCUUAUUCAGUGGUGCUCUUUAUCACUCUGAACAUUAGCCUAGAGCUCUCACUAUUUCGCUGUCCAACACCAGUGAAACGGUCAGUAGAUGCUUAUUUCUGGGCAGUGUGGUCCCCGUUCUAACAGAAUAAACUGGCCAAGACAACCCAACGAGAAGCAUCUCUUCUGCUGUACUCUCCACUCCCUCUCUCAAUACUCAUCUGGAAACAUAUUUUCCUCAAGACUGGAGACAGAACUCAACGAGCAUUCAUGCUGCAGCAGCAACUUACUCACAUGUACAUUCAGUCUUAAUAAUGGGUUGCAAUUUGCUUUUGGCCCUUUUGAACAUUCCUAUUUAUUUACAGGAUCUUUCAGGUGAAGUAAUCAUGGAAAUCCUUAUUUUGUCUUCCAUUGAUUAAAGAAAAUGCAUCUCAAUAAACAUAGUUAGCUGAGUACAAUGUAAGAUAAACAGUUGAGGCUGCACAUGAGGACAAAUGCUGUCACACGGAAAACCCUUUACUGAGUUGAUGAUUUUGUCGUCUUCUUUUUGCAAAUCUUAUUUUCACUUUCUCCAAUGGUUUUCCACCUCCACAUUGGCCUUCCAAAAAAGGCAGCAUUUUUAACAUUGACAUUAAUGCACACCACAGACACACACUCAGCGAUUUGAAAUAUAUUCUCUGUGGGUGGCCCCUGGACACAGUGGUUUGAUUUGCAUAUGUGCAUGUUUUUGCUAAAGCCUCCCAAAUACAACAGGAACCUUGUGCAUUCAAUCCUGAACGCCCGUGUAACAAAGUAACAUGUCUUCAGAAUGUCUUUAACUGCAUGUUUUGACAAUGCUUCUUACUUGUUUUCCUUUUGCACCCAAGAACUAUGAUAGUAGCCAUUUGAAAUGUGUUUGUGUUAAUAGAUAGCUGAAAGAGAAGGUCAGAGUCGAAGCUGAGCGGCGCUCCCAAAGUUUUCUGCCAGAUGGCUCUAAACAUGCCUCUGCAUCCUAAUUUGAUUUUGAGAGGGUUUAAAAAUGUUUCACAGGCAUAUCUGUGACACUGGCUAAAGCAGACGGAUCCUGUUAGAUAAAGAGGUGUAAAUUGCACUGUGACUCUGACCAGGAAGAGUCUUUUGCAAUAAAUGUACGGACAAAUUAAAAAGUUAGUUAGUUGGGCUUCACACUAUGUGCUGGCACGGUUCUCUUCUGACUUGUGGAUGGGUGGUUAAAUGACAAAAAACAGCCUUGGACUGCUGUCAGUCCAGUGACAGUGCACAUACGAUGGGCCUGGCAGCUCUGGAUACUGGAUUUUGGAGUGUAUUAAUAUUUGUGUCAGAUUUGAGGGGGUUUGUCCUUUUGAAAGUAUUUUUGGUGUGCUCCCUAAGUGGUGAUAUUGACUGCAUAUCAGUAAACACACAUUUUGGAUACACUCAUGUAUGUAACAAAUUUUAAAAAAUGACACGCAUACACACUUAGCAUGCAUACAGAUACAGGCACACCAACACAAUCCAUUAUUAAGGCACUGAGCUGUAUUUCUACCUCCUGUCUUGCAUAAAACAUUAUUUAUUUGAGAAAAUGUAUAUCUGUAUGGCAGGCUUAAAAAGAUAGACUUUAAACCUGAAUAAUAAAUGUAUCUAAAUAUGACACCUAUUCCAGAUUUUAAAUGCAGUGUCAAUGGCAAAACUUCCAAUGCAAGUUAUGUAUUUCAAAAUAUGAAAUAAAUGAUAGACAUCAAAUAAAAAUACUUAUGUUGA